AUGGUGAUGAAGGCGCUCAGAGGGAUGGUCAACGGAGCCAUGAGCGAGAUCUCAUCGGCCAUCAGCGGGAACCGACCGACCGCAGCCGCAUCCCGGGAGCACGCGCUGGCUGUGAGCCGGGAUUACAUCUCCCAGCCCCGCCUGAGUGAGUGUGAGAGGCAGCAGUAUGCAUGUUAUGCCAUAGGAAAAGACGUCCAGGCCAUGAAGGCGGUGGUGGGAGAAGAAGCUCUAACGGCUGACGACCUGCUUUAUCUGGAGUUCCUCACUAAGUUUGAGAAGAACUUCAUCUCCCAGGGGGCCUAUGAGAACAGGAGCGUGUUUGAAACUCUGGACAUUGGAUGGCAGCUCAUGAGGAUCUUCCCCAAAGAGAUGCUGCAGAGAAUCCCUCAGAGCACCUUGGCUGAGUUCUACCCCCGAGAAUCCAAGCAUUAG